UCGACGGUAUUUCGCGAAGUCAGCGACUUCUCCGAGGCAGUCUUUAUUGACCUGUCCCUCUCCAAAUACGUGUAUAUCCCAACCCAGUAUCACGACUUUAUCUGAGACUCCAAAAGUGGGAAUUUCAACCCGAGCCCCCCUUCAUCCCCCUCGUUGUCCAUCCAGGUUCCUGAGCACAGAGGGCCAGUGGAGGGGAACCGGGAUGGGUGAUAUGGAUUCGGCCAAUCUGCCCAUGAGUCAGGACACCUUUCAGGAGCUGUGGAUGGGUCUGGAUAAUGACAUGCAGUUUGGUGAUCUUAUGCAGGAACUACAGUCAGCAGAGGGUACAACUGAGCCCUAUGUCACCUUCACUCAGGACUUUGAGGACUUUGUCCAGAAGACCCUCGUUCCUGAGGGGGCCCCUCCAGCCCCUGAGUCAGAGCGUUUGGACAGCCUGCCCCCUCCCGCCACCGCCGUGCCCACCACAGCCGACUACCCCGGCCAGUAUGGCUUUCAGGUGGUCUUCCACCAGUCCAGCACGGCCAAGUCAGCGACAUCAACCUUUUCUAAGAAGCUGAACAAGCUCUUCUGUCAGCUUGCGAAACCUUGUCCGAUGGAGAUUGUGUUGGAGCGCGAGCCUCCUCAGGGAGCCCUCGUGCGGGCCAUGGCCGUCUACAAGGAACCGCGCUUCAUCUCCGACGUGGUGCUCCGCUGCCCCCACCACCAGACGGUCGCCGAGAGCAACGAAGAGGUUGCUCAGCGGAGUCACCUGAUCCGCAUGGAGGGCGGCCAGAGAGCUCAGUACCAGGAGGACACCAACACCAAGCGACAGAGUGUAACCGUGCCCUACGAACGUCCCCAGCUGGGCUCAACUGGCACCACCAUCCUGCUGAAUUACAUGUGUCACAGCAGCUGUAUGGGCGGCAUGAACCGCCGGCCCAUUCUCACCAUCGUCACCUUGGAAACACACGACGGUAAGGUUUUGGGACGCCGUUGUUUCGAGGUGCGCGUUUGCGCGUGCCCAGGCCGUGAUCUCAAAUCCGAAGAGGAGAAGAUCGUCAAGAAACAGGGCGGGGAGAAGGUUGCUAUGGGUACCAAGAGAAAGGCUCAGGUUUUAGAAUCACCCAGGGAGUCGCAGUCCACUGCCAAACCUGGAUCCAGCAAGAAAACCAAAACCGACUCCAGCGGCGAGGAGGAUGUUUUCGUUUUACACGUACGUGGUAGAGAGAGAUUCGAGAUGUUUAAGAGACUGAACGACAGUUUGGAACUGAUGGAUCUCAUGCCUGCUGCUGACCAGGAAAAAUAUAGACAGAAACAGGCCGCUAAGAGCGUUCUCGUCAGCGAGCCGGGGCCCGUGCAGCCGAAGAACGGGAAGAGGCUGCUUACCAAGGACGAGAGGAGCGACACAGACUGAAACGAGCGGCGUUUCUUUCAUCUUUCCACAGCGUUCCAUGUCUUUCCCUUCAGGAAAACCCCCUUUACACUGUUACUGCCUGUCUAAUGCUCUGCUAGUAGUUCCGAAAGACAUGGGUGACGCGCGCGUCUACGCUCUAGAGCCCUUGCCUGUUUGUUUAGCGGUGGUGGUUAGUGCCGUUUGCAUCAAGAGCUUUGUUUUUGAACCAUCUAAAAUGAUUCGCUUUGGACCAGUCUGACAGGUUGGAGUUUGUUGAGAACUUAGUUCUGGUGGUUGCUUGGUGACCAGUUUUCUGAACAUUUGCUGAUUCGCGUUUCUGCUCGUCCUCUUGUCACAGUGAAAGUAUUUUACUUCUUCCCCAACGUUGGUGUCUCUGAAGGGGUGGAUUUAAUCUCUUUUGUGCUCUUUUUUUUAAAUGUUAUUUACAUGUUUGUAUGUUUUGUUUUUUUUUAUCACCAAAAUAUAUUUUUUUGGCUUAAGUUUUUUUUUUAUAUGAUAAUUAUGUAGGAGGCUUAGUUCACAGCCACUGUAAGCUUUUGUGCAACCUUAACGGUAAAGAUACACGUAUGGUUUGAUUUCCUUACGCAAACAAAUGACACUUGUAUUUACUGCCAGUAGUCCAUAUUUGCAUGCACCACGAUGUGUGCAAAUGCAAAAGUUUCUUCUCUCAUAUGGGCAAUUUUUGCAUUUCUUUGUUUUCUUUUCCUCAUGAAAAAGAAUGCAUCACAUUCAUCCUGAAAUGAAAGAGCUGAAAUA